ACCCAUGCCCAAACUUGCAUCCUUAUCCGAGUUUGGGACUAGCAGUGAACCUAGAAGGGCUGAAGGCGGAGAUAUAAAUGGACUUCUAGACACUGAGUUUGCGCCGGACAGACUAAAGCCAAUAUUUUCAGAUAAUUUAUGUCCUACUUGUUCAUAAAAUAAAUAUAUUUACCAUUGAUUCUGACCUGUAGAAUAGACUAAUAACAGUGAUCAGUGUUAUUUUGAAAACUAUCACACGAUUUGUCAUUUGUCUUUUGUGGAAGCUGUACUGUGUGCGCUGGUUUUUCUUUCAGUCACAAUGACCUUAGAUUCCUUUCUACGCACGCAUUAGCGUUUUGACUAACUCGUUUAAAAUAUUGAGUUGUGUUUAGUAAAUGUAUUAUUGUGGUUUUAUAUUUCUAUGGAAUCUGAGAAAGAAUGUCGUUCUGCAAUACCACCACCACCUCCUCCACCAGCUCCAUCGUCUUUACAACGGAACUCCACUAUGCGUGCUAAUUAUUCGGAUCCAUCACUUAAAGAUUCAGGAGUGAAACCUGUCAGAAGAUUAUCAACAUCAGUUUCAUUUGAUUAUAAACAUAAUUUAAAAUCUCCCAGUAUAGAAAUGCUUACGGAAUUGACAGAUGCUUUCAAGUCUUUAAAAAAAUCUACGAACAUAAUCGAUGCUAAGAAUGUAGAUUUUUCGAAAAAACUUCCUGUACAUCGAGGCAGAAUUAAGUCAGCUAUUCGACAAAAUUCAUCUGAUACUUCAAAUAAUACACAUGAUAAGUCGAACAAUGUAAUGCCAUCGGUUAUAGAAUCCGAUGAUUGUUGUUCUGUGGACACAUCGUCGUAAUUAUCAUCGAAUGCUUUGAAACCUUAACCUUAAUGAUAAUAACCAAUUCCAAGUAAUGUCAAUCAAUGUGAAAAAGUCAUGAAGGUCAUUCAGAGAGAUCGAAAAUUCAGUCGGAUCAUUAAAUCUAUUUAUUUUACAUUCCUUACUUGUACACACACACACAAACACAUUUGUUUUAAUUUAUUAAGAUGAUUUCUUUUUGUUUGUAUGAAUCAAUUAAGAACAUAAAUAUACUUUGGUUUGUUAUCUUCUUUGCAUAAACACAUUAUGAAUAAUUAUGAAUGAGAAAACGUGGAAAAGUUGAAUUUUCAGUAUGAGGCUUCGAACUAAUAGAUACUGAUGACUUCUCGCUUGGUCAAACCUGUCUAAAGAAUAGUAAUUCCUCCGGAAUAACAUUUGUGAAUCACUUAAAUAUAAUAACAAUGAUAUACUGGUUGGCACAGUCAACUAUCAUGAUUUCCGUUUUACUCCUGCAACUUCUUCGUAAGAUAAUAUGCAUUAAAUACGAUAUUAUUGAGUCUCUUCAUUUUCCUCUUCAAAAAUGAAUACUUAUGUAUGAGAGUCCUCACCCAUAUAUACGGAAGAAUGAAGGGAAUGGUUAGUAUUUCACUAAAUAACAUAUGCUAGCUUUUGUGAGAUUUCAAAAAACUAUCAUCAACCAUCUUCAUAAUAAAGCCAAAACACAAACCAUCAUAGCUACGUGCAUUCUUCAAGGUCAUACGAUGCACAACAUGAUCUCUUCUUAUAUAUUUGGGAAAGAAAAACGGUGAUUUAAGAGGAUAGAUAGUGAGUAAU